AGCUCGCGCUGCAGAGCCAGACAGGAGCUGCCUGCGGGGCAUGGAAGCAGCCAUCUUGGCAGCCGGGAAAGGAGCAAGUGUGCACCGCUGCCUGUGACCCAGGCGUCCUGCCGGCUGCUGUCCCCUGUCUGGGAAGCUCAUCCACGCAGAGGUCUCCCCCUUCCCUCCCUGCCAGGUCUUCCUCUGCAGGGCUCACUGGAGCCAGUCCCCACAGGAGCCAAACCAGCGGGGAGCAUGGAGUUGCUGUCCACCCCCCACAGCAUUGAGAUCAACAACAUCACCUGCGAUUCCUUCCGCAUCUCCUGGGCCAUGGAGGACAGUGACCUGGAGAGGGUCACCCACUACUUCAUUGACCUCAACAAGAAGGAGAACAAGAACUCCAACAAGUUCAAGCACCGGGAUGUCCCCACCAAGCUUGUGGCCAAGGCGGUGGCCCUGCCCAUGACAGUGAGAGGCCACUGGUUCCUGAGCCCCCGCACGGAGUACAGCGUGGCCGUGCAGACAGCUGUGAAGCAGAGCGAUGGGGAGUACCUGGUGUCAGGCUGGAGCGAGACGGUCGAGUUCUGCACUGGGGAUUAUGCCAAGGAGCACCUGGCCCAGCUUCAGGAGAAGGCCGAGCAGAUCGCAGGCCGCAUGCUCCGCUUCUCCGUCUUUUACCGCAACCAUCACAAGGAAUACUUCCAGCAUGCCAGGACCCAUUGCGGGAACAUGCUGCAGCCCUACCUGAAGGACAGCAGCGGCAGCCAUGGCUCCCCCACCAGCGGCAUGCUCCACGGAGUCUUCUUCAGCUGCAACACUGAGUUCAACACGGGCCAGCCCCCCCAGGACUCCCCCUAUGGCCGCUGGCGCUUCCAGAUCCCCGCCCAGCGCCUCUUCAACCCCAGCACCAACCUCUACUUUGCGGACUUCUACUGUAUGUACACGGCCUACCACUAUGCCAUCCUGGUGCUGGCGCCUAAGGGCUCCCUGGGGGACCGCUUCUGCCGCGACCGCCUGCCCCUCCUGGACAUUGCCUGCAACAAGUUCCUGACCUGCAGCGUGGAGGACGGGGAGCUGGUCUUCCGCCAUGCCCAGGACCUCAUCCUGGAGAUCAUCUACACUGAGCCUGUUGACCUGUCCCUGGGCACCCUGGGGGAGAUCAGUGGGCACCAGCUCAUGAGCCUGUCCACUGCCGAUGCCAAGAAAGACCCCAGCUGCAAGACCUGCAACAUCAGUGUGGGCCGCUAGGGACUCCUGGGGAGCUGGGGGGCUAGGGAGAGAUGACAAGAAGGGCAGAGAUGGGUGGCUGAGGUUCAGGGAGCUGGCUUCUCUCCCCUGCCCCCUACUCCCUCCACUCCAUCUGUCUGUCCCUCCCCACACCCCUUGGCAUUGGAGGCAAUAGCUGGUGGUCCUCUUGGUAAGUGUGGCCCAUCCCAGGCCUGGGGGGCUCAGAGAAGCUUCUUAGCCUCAGUAGGUUGGUGAGUGGGUUGGAUUUCUGGAGAACUCCCCUUUCCUCUGGUUUUCCUGUCCUGCUGUUCUUUGCCCCAUCCAGGCCCCCAUCUCCCAGAGGACCAUCUGCCCACCUCCUGGGCUCUCCCAGGGAAGCCUCUCUGGGCCAUGUGUCGCUUGGCUGCCUCCAGAGGAGAUGCAGAGAGUGGUGGGGCAUGCCCUCCUGAGCCCCCUCACCCCACUCAGGGCCAACCACAGAAUGCCCCUCCCCACUGAGCUGGGCCUCAGGGGCUUCCCACUCCAGGCCCCGACUCCUUCCCUUUAUAAAUAGUCUCCUGUAUUGCUCUGACCCCUGGCUGCUCCUUGCCCCAAAGAACCCUCUUUCUGCAUGGGAGAGCUGUCCCUUCCUUUCUCCACUGGCCCACUUGGGACACUCCUCCUGCUGUCUAGAAAGGGACACUCAUUUUUCCUCUUGGCUUUGGGGCUCUGGGCUGUCAGGGUUUUUCCUUUCUCUUAUCUGGACAUGAUACAUACCCCAGCAUACUUUCUCUUUUAUUCAGAGUGCUGGGGCCUGGAACAGCAGCCCCUGGGGUCGAGGAGGGGGAAGGAGACCCCUGAGACCCAGAGGUGCCCCUUCCCCAGCUGGGAGUGGGCCGCCUCCUACCCCGCUGGGGCCUGGCGUGGAACUGGAGAACAGAGGGCUUCCUGCAGAGCCCCGGCGCCCCACCUGGCCGUGUGCUUUGCUCGCCCGCUCCACCAUGGUGCCGUGUCUGUACUGUGCGUGCACGUGAACUGGACUGUAGAUUCUCGGCCAGUCCACCUCCCGCCUGCCCCCCGCACGGCCUGCUCUCCCAGCUACCCUGCUGGCUGGGAGCCCCUCUCCUGGGGAGUUCUGGUGAUGUCUUCCCUGGGCCUUUCUGCGAUUUUACCUGGUUCCUGCUGUUGUGUGGGUCACAAGGGUGGUGAUGGUGGACUCCCUGAGAUAAGUGUAGCAGGUAGAGAGCUGGGGGAGGAGCCAAUGGGGGCAGCUAGCUUUUGGGGGAACGACAGAGCUGACGUCAGGCGGAGGAGACAGCAACCCCCAUGGUGACUUCCGGAGAUGACAGAUGAUGGACAGUAGCUGGAUUUCUGUGAUGAAGGAUGGAAGGGGCCGGUGGGUCAAGAAGGCCAUACCUUGGUGAGGGGUAGGUGGGCAGCAGGUCACCUGUUUUGUAGCCAGGGGGAGUGGCAUGGUCAGCUGUCUCUGGGCUGGGUCAGGAGGUCAGGGGCUCUGGGAGAUGCCUGGAGAAGGAGAGGAUAUGGGCCCCCAGGCCCUUCCCCCUGUGCUGACAGCAUUGCUGUCAGGGUGGCUGCUGCCCUCCCCUGGCCCCAUGUCCUCUCUGGACUGGGGCACACCUGCCUGUGCUGUGCUUGCGAUGUGCAUCAAUAAAGCACCAUGGCCUGA